UGUUUACAGUCUGUGGUGUGCAGGCAGGAGGAGCAGAGAGAGGAGCAGAUAGGAGCAGGAGGAGAACCUGUUCACCAACUUCACACAAGUUUUCCUCCGCGAGCAGCACGAGACACAAACUCUGGAUUUAAACCCUCGCGUGCUUUAAAAAGUUAGUUUUUAUUUCACGAGGAGCCGUUUGGACUAUCAUCAUCAUCAUCAUCAUCAUCAUCAUCAUCAUCAUCAUCGUCCUGAGAAAGUUGCCGCGGAGAUGUCCGGAUCUUUCUGUAAGAGUCUGUACCCGUUCAGCGGGGAGCAGCACCAGCAGGGUCUCAGCUUCCAGGCCGGGGAGGUCAUCAAGGUGGUCCAAGCUCUGCCCGGGGGCUGGUGGGAGGGCGAGAGGGACGGGGAGAGGGGCUGGUUCCCCUCCAGCUACGUGCAGGUCCUCGAGAGGACAGCGUCUCUGAGUCAGCUCCCCGUCGAGGACCUCAAAGACCCCCUCCCUCCUCAGUGGAGAUGCUUCAUGUCGCCACAAGGGCGGCGAUACUACGUCAACACCAUUAACAACGAGACGACGUGGGAGAGACCGUCCAGCACACCUGGGACCCCGAAGACACCCCACAGACACAAGAACUCCCUCCCCGCAGUGAAUGGAUUUCACUCAGGUGGGAGUCCAUUGCAUCAUGUGGAGAAUUCACACAACAGUCAGGUGAGGAAGGGCAGCACAGCGGAGCCACAGAGUCCAGGAUCAACGUCGCCCACCAGGAAGCAGAACAAGGAGACCACGGUCACGAUAAACUGUGUGACGUUCCCGUCGUUGGCCGUGGUCGAGCAGCAGCUCCUGAAGCCGAGCGACUGGAGCUACUGCGAUUACUUCUGGGCGGAUAAGAAGGACGCUCAGGCAAACGGCUCCAUCAGCGGCUUCGAGGUGCUGCUGCAGAAACAGCUGAAGGGGAAACAGAUGCAGAAGGAGAUGGCCGAGUUCAUACGAGAAAGGAUAAAGAUAGAAGAAGAGUACGCCAAGAACCUCGCCAAACUCUCGCAGAUCCCGCUCGCUGGCCAGGAGGAAGGGACUCUGGGGGAGGCCUGGGCUCAGCUGAAGACGAGUCUGGCGGACGAGGCAGAGGUUCAUCUAAAGUUCUCCUCAAAGCUGCAGAGCGAGGUAGAGAAACCGUUGCUGACCUUCAGAGAGAACUUCAAGAAGGACAUGAAGAGGUUCGACCAUCACAUUGCCGACCUGCGGAAACAGCUGGUCGGACGCUACGCCUCGGUGGAGAAGGCUCGUAAAGCUCUGGCCGACCGGCAGAAAGAGCUGGAGCUGAAGACGCAGCAGCAGGAGAUCAAACUCAGCAGCAAGAUCGAAGAAGACAUCAAGAAGGCCCGCAGGAAGUCCACGCAGGCAGGAGACGAUCUGAUGCGAUGUGUAGACCUCUACAAUCAGUCACAGUCGAAGUGGUUCGAGGAGAUGGUGACCACCAGUCUGGAGCUGGAGCGUCUGGAGGUGGAGCGGGUGGAGAUGAUCCGGCAGCAUCUGUGUCAGUACACCACGCUGAGGCACGAGACGGACAUGUUCAACCAGAGCACGAUGGAGCCGGUGGACCAGCUGCUGCAGUGCGUGGACCCGAGCAAAGACAGAGAGUUGUGGGUGAAGGAGAACAAGACCGGAGAGAUCAGACCGGUGGACAUCGAGAUCUGACCUCCGACACGCAGACCCUGAGGACAGAUGAGGACAUGAAACCUGAGCUGGGACCUAAUGCCCGCCCCAAUGACUCACCUGUGACUCCUUAAAGACUGAUGGAGGAUCAGUCAGCGCUCGCCGCAGCCUACUGAGGACGAUGGUUAGGGUUAUAUCGGUGAAAGCGAUGGAUACAGAUGUCAGUUUUCUGCUAUGCAAGCUGAUGACAUCACAGGAGAAGUACGAGUGUGAAUGAUGAGGUGGAAACACGGGAACAUUUAACACCUGUACAUGGCGACCUGCUUUAUGUGAUGCAGCGGCGUGUGUGUGUGUGCUUCGCUCUGUGAGGUCACUCAGGUGACUUAGGAACAAAAAUGGUUUAACUGAAGCUGCUGAGCAAAAUGCAUCCCGACCCUUACUGUGUACGAGGAUUCAACAAAAGUAUUUGAAUACUAAUAUGUUCAGGUAGUGACUGUUUGCUAAGCCCCGCCCCCCUUUGAGUUUCAGAUGUGUUGCUGCACAGGAGUGUAUCUGUUACCUGCUGUGUUCCUUAUUUACAAAUCAUAUAAAUGUAGGGAAUCUGAUAGGUCACCAUCAUCCAGACUUUUCUGAGUGGGGGGGCCUUAGAGGGGGGACCAGAGGGGGUACCGACCUCUGCAGGGUCUGCCAACAUUAAAGUUUCCAAUGUUUUAUUUUAAAGAGCACAGGAGGAACAUUUUAAUCAUGUAAACUUCAUUAUUUAAUUUUGAUUUAAACGUCAUUAUUUAAAGUCCAAACUAAAAGAAAUGUGCAAACUCUAAGAAACAGCUCCAUCUUGGGAUGAUCGCGAUGCAAACACCUUCGGAGGAAUCCUCAGUUUGACGGCCUGCUGUGCAGCUAGUGACCGAGUGUAGCUGAUGGUCAUGUUGGAGGGGCGGGGUUUAUCAAACAGUCAAUCUCUUUGGAUCUGGUUGUGCUUCUUCUUCACCAACAAAUCUGCAGCUCCAGACGUCUCAUGUUGUUCCUGCUUCGACUUAAAGAGCAGCUGAUUGCACUUUAAACCCAAACUGAUUUAAGAUGAAAAUACUGUAAAUGACUGUUCAUAUGAAAAGUCUUCUAAAGAAUAACGAGCUGUAACACAUUUUAUUACUAAUGACAAGUGUAAAUAAAUAUAUCCAAUGUGUGA